UGGCGGAUCAGUGCGCUCCAGUUUCCCGCCAUUCUCUCUGCCGGAAGUAACGUCCGGUCCCCGCUAUCAGUUGCCGCCUCCUUGCUGUUUGACGUGAUUCCGCCUCAGCCUAGUGUUAUGGCGCUGGAAAGCAGCCGGGGAACCAUGGAGGGUGCAGACCUGGAAGACGGGGAGCUCAGCGGCUCUGACACUGACAUGAAGGUGUCACGGCCGGCAGACAGAGCUCCGGUGCAGAAAUUUAAUGUUGUCAACCAUGAUAAAGGCUACAGGAGUGACCCGUCGCUUCCAGCCAGCGUGCCCUAUAGGAAUUUCGAGAACGUUGACUCUAGUGAUGAUAGUGCAAGUGACUCUGAUGAGGAUGAUGGUUCUCCAUGGAAACGGAAACGGCAGAAGACCUCCAACCCUCCCGCUAAUGUUUCCAGACCGACCCAGUUUGUGUUCCCUAAUCAGAAGAAGCCAGCGAAGAAUAACAUCUGGGGGGCAGUGCUCCAGGAGCAAUCUCAAGAGGCAGUAGCCAAUGAUCUGGGGAUCAUGGAUAUGGAUGGCCUCAUCGAUAUGAGCAGGCAGUCCGAAACGUAUAAUUAUGUUCUGGCCAAAAAAAUCAUGGCAAAGGCGGGCAAUGAGGAAAAGUUGGGCUUGGACAAAGAACUCGAAGAUUAUAUGAACGAAGAUAGGGAGCACUUGAAGAGGAAGCGACCCAUGAAGGAGAGAUUAGGUGAAAAGGUAGACAUGGACUACAAGGGUCGAUAUGAAAUAACUGAGGCCGAUCCACAAGACAAAGUUACUGAUGAAAUUGCAUACAGACUCCAUGAGCCCAAGAAAAAUCUGAUUGAGCGAGUUGUGAAAACUAUUGGCACAAAGAAGGCAAUCGAGCUCCUUAUUCAAACAGCAGAGGUGGAACAAAAUGGAGGACUUCUUGUGUUGAAUGGUACCAGGAGGAGAACUCCCGGCGGGGUUUAUCUAACUCUUCUGAAAAGCACGCCAAGUAUUACAUCUGAUCAAAUAAAGGAAAUAUUUUAUGUGGAAAACCAGAAGGAAUAUGAGAGUAAAAAGGCUGCAAAUAAGAGAAGACAUCACCUACUUGGGAAGAAGAUGAAAGAAGCCAUCAAAGGUCUGAAUUUUCAAGAACACGACGAUACGUCUAGAGAAACCUUUGCUAGUGACACGAAUGAAGCGCUGGCAUCCUUAGAUGAUGAAACCACAGAAAUGAAGGCCGAAACUGAAGAUGCCUUUGAGAUUGACAAUUCCCAUGACCUGGAAACCUUUUAACUGAAAUAACGUUAAGACGCUGCAGAUGUUGAGGCUGAAUAUUAGGCUACUUUCACACUUUCUUUUCCGGCAUUAAGUUCCGUCACAGGGGCUCAAUACCGGAAAAGAACUGAUCAGUUUUAUCCCCGUUCAAAA